UAAAAAAAAUAUAUACAAAAAGUUAAAUUCUAAAUUUUUUGCUCGUUAUUUCGGCACCUUUUCGCAGUUUUCAUUAACUUUCUCUUUGUCAUCAUGCCUUACAAUCAGUUCGUAGAAAUGCCAGAACGUAUUAAAUUACCGAGAAUGGAGGAUAGUGACAAUGAAGCAGACGAAGGCGAAGAUGAUAAUAUAAUAGCCGUCGAGCUAAAUGCUGAUGAAGGACGCGAUGAGCAAAGUAUUCGAGCCAAUAUUAUACAUCUUGGUGAAUUUAUACAAAGCUCCCUUAAUAAUUUUCAAAGACGUGAAGCCUUACGUAUUGCAGCACUGAACACCGUAGGUAUCAACACAACUCAUCCAUCGAAUGCACAAAGUAACACUGUAGCCCAACCAACCACUGCUCAUGGAAAUGAUGUACAUAUAGUUGCUGGAACCAGUCGUGUAAGAAAUACUGAUGGUGAAGAAACUGAACGAAUUCUAACAAAUUCCAACAACACAAAUCGGCCCACCGUUUGAGUGUGGUUGCUGACUUCAGGAAUGGAGAGAUUACUUAUACGACUACUAACAAUAACAUCGGUGUGAAUAUAAAAUUACUCACUUUCUCUAUGUAGUCCCAACACAUCGAAAGGUAAGGUUUCUAUAAAUUCAACAUUCAAUAAUAUUGUCAACACCAUGAAGGCCCACGGUUUGAAUGUAGUCGGUGACUUCUGGAAUGGAGAGAAUACUUGUGCGACUACUAACAAUAAUAUCGGUGUGAAAACACAAAUAUUGAGUUCCUGCUCGAAGUUAUGUUACUAAACUAUUAGAUAUUCUUACCAAAGUUGCUGUGAACACAUUUUAUAUUGAAAAGAAGGUUAAUAAACUUUUGAUAAGCCACUUAACAAUGCUCCAUUCCGAGUAGUAGUUCACAAUUCGAGGUCAUGGAAAAUCUGUGGGAAUAGUUUAAACUUCGGAACAAAAAUAAUAGAGACUACAAUAUAAGUGUUACUCUUCAAGAUUGUAUUAUCGACAAAUGCUCGUCUAUUUUGUUAUGGUAGUUUUUUACGGUACAUAAAAUUAUAAUUUUGGAUUUUUACUAAAUAAGUCUAUAAAGUUUUUAAUAAAUGUA